AUGUCUCUUGCAACAGCAGCGGCGGUCGCCGCUGGCAGCUGGGCCACAGCGGCCUACCUAGACGCAAAGUUUCACUUUCGGAAAGACCUUGAAUUCCUCGGCAGACUGAGGCGCGGCGGAAAGGAGUAUGAGCGCGUGGUCAGGGAGGACAAAGUCUGCAUCUGGUACGCCGUCGAGGAACAGUGCAAGAAGAGUUGGAACAACCCCGCGAUCUGGACGAGGGAGGGAACAUACACCUUCGGCCAGCUGUACGAGGAGAGUCUUCGAUAUGCGCAGUGGAUGCGGGAACAGGGCGUCAAGCCCGGUGAGCUGGUCGCCAUGUAUAUGACGAACUCGGCACACUUCAUGUUCGUCUGGUUCGCCUGUACGGCCGUCGGUGCGGCGCCUGCAUUCAUCAACUACAACCUCGAAGGGAAGGCGUUGAUGCACUGCCUGGACGUCUGUCAGUCGAGACUGUUGAUUGUCGAUGGAGAUGCAGGAUGCCAGAAGAGGAUCAGCCAGAGCCAGUCCGAGAUCGAGGCUCGAGGCACCAAGAUUGCCAUCCUCGACAGCACUUUACAGCAGGAGAUUGCUGCAAGUCCCGUGGUCAGACCUGGCGAUGAGCUUCGCAAAGGCACCGAAGGCAGCUUCCCCUAUUGUUUGAUAUACACCAGUGGAACGACCGGUCUCCCCAAGGGCUGCGCCUUCACCUUGCAGAGAGUCUACGCCAUGAAUGGCCAUCGCGAACCCCUGUGUGGAGGCAUUCCCGGCAAAGACCGAUGGUACAAUGCCAUGCCUCUAUACCACGGCACCGGUGCCAUUUCGUCGUCUACCGCGCUGCUUCAGGGCCUCUCCAUCGCCAUCGCGCCAAAGUUCUCCGUGUCUCGGUUUUGGAACGACGUCCAUGACUCGGGAUCGACCUUCUUCAUCUACGUGGGUGAGACGGCACGGUAUCUCCUCAACGCGCCGCCUCACCCGCUGGAGCGCAAACACAACAUCCGCUGCUGUUAUGGCAAUGGGCUGCGGCCCGACGUCUGGGAGAGAUUCCAGACUCGCUUCAACAUCCCCGAAGUCGGCGAGUUCUUCAAUUCCACCGAGGGCAUGUUCAGCCUGUUGAACUACGACAGAGGUCCGUACCUGCGAGCCUGUGUCGGCCACCACGGUCUGAUUUUCCGGCUGAUGCUCCGCAACACCUACAUCCCCGUCCGGAUCGACCAUGAGACCGGCGACAUCUGGCGGGACCCGAAGACGGGCUUCGCACAGCGAAUGCCAUACGAGGAAGGCGGCGAAAUGAUCGUCGCCGUACCCAGCAAGGAAGCAUUCCAGGGCUACUGGAGAGCUGAAGCCGCCACGGACAAGAAGUUCUGCACGGAUGUGUUCAAGAAAGGAGAUAUCUACUAUCGCUCAGGCGAUGCCCUGAGAAGAGAGCCCGACGGCAGAUGGCACUUCCUCGACCGUCUGGGCGACACCUUCCGGUGGAAGUCCGAGAACGUCUCCACGGCAGAGGUGGCACUGACGAUAGGCCAGUACCCCGGCAUUGCUGAGGCGAACGUCUAUGGUGUGCUGGUGCCCAACCACGAAGGCCGAGCAGGCUGUGCGGCCAUCCAUCUCGACCCGAACCAUACAGGGCCUCCAGUCGACUACAACGACCUGCUGAGAUACCUGCACGCGCGCCUGCCCCGAUACGCGGUCCCGGUCUUCCUGCGAAUUGUCAGGGAAAGCACACACAUUCACAACCACAAACAGAACAAAGUCCCGCUGCGGAAGGAGGGGGUUGACCCGAAAGCCAUCGGCACAGAGGUGCCCGAGGGCAAGGGCGACUCGUUCCUGUGGUUGCCUCCCAAGGGCGAUCACUAUGUCCCGUUCAGGCCCGAGGAUUGGGAGAAGUUGUCCAACGGCCAAGCCAGGUUAUGA